ACACGCAGGACAUGAUGGUGCUAUGAUACCCCGUCCGAUAUCUCUGUGGACUCGUCUGCUGUUGUUGAGUCGCUAGAGGGAGGUGCGUUCCAUAGAACGGUAGGGGGGGGAGCGAGCAGCUCGUACCCACUCACUCGCACACAGAGCACAUCUAACCCGCAUAAAAUAUAACCGUGAGCUGUUCCCUCUCGGGCUGCCAUUAGAGGCAGCGGGUCGGAAGCAGUAAGACAUUAGCCUGCGCUUUCUGAGAAGGGUCCUAGCGGCAUGACCGACCUGCAGGACGCCUUCGCGUUUUUAUAGUUUUGUCGCUGUAUUUGGUUCCUCUUUCACCCGAUAUGACACUUUCCUUCCCCAAUGCGUCUUGAGAUAUUCAAGCUAAAAGGAGCCAGCAGCUGUUUGUGACACUGUCAUUUUGCGCUACUACGUUCUUUUGUUUUACGCUGCGCUCCCCACAGGGAAGCGAAAGUGAAGCGGAGACGGGGAAACGCUGCAAAUAAGGCAAAGCACUAAGCACUAGAGAGCAGUGACCGUGUGAGCCGACCCUGCUGCGUGAAGAGAGGCGGGGAGGAGGAGGAGGAGGAGGAGAGGGGCACAGGGAGGAGGGAAAGCCGAGCAUCCUCCCCAGGCUCAGGUUAGGAGCUACUCUGCGCCCUACUGCUGCCACCUCGGGAUCCCGCCGCUGCCGCUUCUCUUGCCUGUCAUUGCGCUGCUGCGCGUCCCCUAGCACCCCGACCGUGCACCACCAGCGGAAAAAAGCAGGGGGAGGAGGCGCUAUGGCUUCAACUACUUGCACCAGGUUUACGGAUGAGUACCAGCUCUUCGAGGAGCUAGGAAAGGGGGCAUUCUCAGUGGUAAGAAGAUGUAUGAAGAUUACCACAGGACAAGAGUAUGCUGCCAAAAUUAUAAACACCAAAAAGCUGUCUGCGAGAGAUCAUCAGAAAUUGGAACGUGAAGCAAGAAUCUGCCGUCUUCUUAAGCAUCCCAAUAUUGUUCGACUCCAUGACAGCAUAUCAGAAGAAGGAUUCCAUUAUUUAGUCUUUGAUUUAGUCACUGGUGGAGAAUUAUUUGAAGAUAUAGUAGCCAGAGAAUACUAUAGUGAAGCAGAUGCCAGUCAUUGCAUUCAGCAGAUCCUGGAGGCUGUGCUGCACUGUCAUCAGAUGGGGGUGGUUCAUCGAGACCUAAAGCCUGAAAAUUUGCUGUUAGCUAGCAAGUUGAAAGGUGCUGCAGUGAAACUUGCUGAUUUUGGGUUAGCCAUUGAAGUUCAAGGGGACCAGCAGGCAUGGUUUGGGUUUGCUGGCACUCCAGGUUAUUUAUCACCAGAAGUUUUACGAAAGGAUCCCUAUGGCAAGCCAGUGGAUAUGUGGGCAUGUGGUGUCAUUCUCUACAUCCUUCUUGUUGGCUAUCCACCUUUCUGGGAUGAGGACCAACAUAGGCUUUAUCAGCAGAUUAAGGCUGGUGCUUAUGAUUUUCCAUCUCCUGAGUGGGAUACAGUGACUCCUGAAGCCAAAGACCUUAUAAACAAAAUGCUCACGAUCAAUCCAGCCAAGCGCAUCACAGCUGCGGAAGCACUCAGACAUCCUUGGAUCUGUCAACGAUCUACUGUUGCCUCCAUGAUGCACAGACAAGAAACUGUGGAUUGCUUGAAGAAAUUCAAUGCAAGAAGAAAGUUAAAGGGGGCAAUAUUAACAACCAUGCUGGCUACCAGAAACUUCUCAGCAGCGAAGAGUUUACUGAAGAAACCUGAUGGAGUCAAGAUAAACAACAAAGCCAACGUUAUAACCAGCCCUAAAGAUCCUACCCCGCCUCUGGAGCCCCAAUCUACAGUAAUCCACAAUCCUGCUGAUGGAAAUAAGGAGUCAACAGAAAGCUCAAAUACCACCAUUGAAGAUGAAGAUGUAAAAGCAACAAAGUGCACAGAAAACACUUACUCAAAGACUCAUUUGCAUGAAUCUGAGCCCUCCCGUAAUUCUUCUUCAUCUGUGCAGUCUCGCAAACAAGAAAUCAUCAAAGUUACAGAGCAGUUAAUUGAAGCCAUAAAUAAUGGAGACUUUGAAGCCUAUACAAAGAUUUGCGACCCAGGCCUUACAUCAUUUGAACCAGAAGCUCUAGGAAAUCUAGUAGAAGGAAUGGACUUCCAUCGAUUUUAUUUUGAAAAUGCGCUGUCCAAGAGCAACAAGCCAGUCCAUACUAUUAUCUUGAAUCCUCAUGUUCAUCUGAUUGGAGAAGAUGCUGCAUGCAUAGCAUACAUUCGUCUCACCCAGUAUUUGGAUUCCACCGGUAUGCCAAAAACAAUGCAGUCAGAGGAGACCCGUGUGUGGCACCGUCGUGAUGGAAAAUGGCAGAAUGUACACUUCCAUCGUUCUGGGUCACCAACAAUACCGAACUAAAUAAACCUUGCAAGCCUUUAUUUCAAAUAUUCAAGACAACUGGAUGGUAAAUUUUGGACUCAAUCCCUUAUCCUUUGUCCCAGCAGCAGGGUGUUUCCAUAAUUAAGAACAUCUUCCUCCUCCGAGAUCUGCUGCAGUCUACUCCUGCUCAAGUUCGUAACAUUCCAGUAAAUGGUGAUUAAAGUGGAUUCAAUAAAAUAAGAAGGCAGUUACAAUAUUGUUUCAUUCAGUGGUUCAUUAUGAUUUUGCCAAGUGUCUGUCAACUGAAGAAAGUCAGCUUUGGAAAUGACCCAUAUCUGUGUGUAUCUAUAAGUGUACACACAGGCAACAGUUUUUUUUUCUAUUAGACUUGAUUAUAACAAAAGUUUAGAAACAGAUCAGUAUAGAUAUAGAAACAUAUAGGCAGUGACUGCCUGGUUUCCAGACUAUUGUGUCAUAACAUGGGAAAUAUCGUAGUCUAGCACAAAAUACAAUUUAGAUCCUUGCUAUAACAGUCAUACACAGUAGAUGUUGUACGUCACUUUGAAUUACCUUCCAAAAUAAUGAAAAUAUAAUUUAGAUAGUCUGAAAGAUUUUUGGAGUAGUUUUCUCUAUUUCUUCUAUAUAUUUUUUUUUAUAUACUCCACAGAUAAAUGUUUAAUGAGUGUAUAUUGGUAACGAUUGGGGGCUAAUAUAGGUAGUUUUUUUGAUAAUUAAGCAUAUGAAAAAGUACAAUUUUACAUUCAGGGUAUAUAAUGCUUAAAAGAUAUAUGUAUUUUUUGUGUCCGUAUAGUCUUGAAACAAUACUUAAACUAUUGUGUACUGUAUGUUGUAAAGGAUAUGGGCUUUAAAGGUUAUAAUAAUAGGGAUGGAAAAUAUAACUACAAUUUUUGUGAUGGGUAUUAAUAAAUCUAUUUCUGCACUGCUUUAAUUUUACCAAUAACUUUCUACUGAUGCUAACCUGUUUUGUCCCAGUGCACACUAUUUGCUUUUGGUUAAUGAUCUGCUACAAAACCACAAUUGUUUUUUUUAUAUAGAUAUAUAAACUAGAGGGAACUUUCAACACUAUAUGCAGGGAAUGCUAUUGUUGUCUGUAAAUGUUUUCUAACGGAAACUUUGGUGAACUGGAUUUAUAUUGAUCAUAUUCAGUAUCUGUGCUACUAAACCUGAGCCCCCACCAGGGGUUGUGCUUCAUUUCAACAUUAGAUACAUGGUUAUGUUGAACAAGUUUAGGGGCUGGUUACUUUAGUGCUGUGCGUGCAUGGUGGAGCGGUGUCAUUGUUUUCCUUGGUUUGCAUCCUGAAAAAUAAAAAGACUUUUGAAUUCGCAUUAAUCCAACCUUGUGAAACUCCAAGCAAUUCUUUUACGACUCUACAUGUUGUUCAGUAGUGGAUGUGAGCUGAGUAAUGCUAACAAAUAAAUAUACACACAAUUUUCUACACUAUAUCAACCAAUUAAUGUGCUGAGCCAUUUUAACCUGCCAAUGAAAUCUGUGAAAUUUUAAUAACAGCAAUUUGUUUUCUGUAUAUCUUUAUUCUAGAUGUGCUUCCACUGUUAGUAUUUAGUUAUCGUGUGCUGAUAUUAAUGUCCAGUUACUAUGGUAGCUUCAUAUACUUAAUUAACAAAACUAGCAUGAAAUGCUGACAUAGUACUGUAGACCAAAUCUGUCUUCCACACGGCCAUGUGAGGAAACCAUUACUAAACCUCUGCACCAUGGUGAAUAUAUCAUCCUUUGAAAUGUCGCAAUAUACUGAUGGGCACAGUGUAUAUAUUUCUUGCCAUAAAAAGAUUGAUAUAACUAAAAUGUCAAUAAAAUCGUGGAUUAAGUUGA